UCUUCGGCUGCUUGAUCUUAUGCACUUUAUUACCUUCACACAUUAUUCUAACUUCUCAUCCCGACAUUUAAAGCGAUGUUAAUAUUGUGAAACACUGAAUCGCUAGAAUGGCUCUGAGACACUUAUCGGUGAAGGCUCUCCUCUUCCUGGGGCUUUGUCAAGUUGGACGCAGAGGUUUUGCCUCUGCACCCGAAGUCAGAGAGGCACCAAAGAAAAUUGCAAUAAUUGGCGGUGGUAUUGGAGGUACGGCAGCAGCGUUUUUCUUAAGACAGGAGUUUGGACCGGCAGUGAAGAUCGAUCUGUUUGAGGCUGGGACUGUGGGAGGGCGUCUGGCCACUGAAAACAUUGGGGGAUAUGAGUAUGAGACAGGAGGAUCCAUUAUUCACCCCCUCAACCUGCACAUGAAGCACUUUCUGGACAAACUCGGUCUGUCUCCUUGUGCUGAUGUAUCUUCUAAACUGGCGAUAUUUGACGGUAAAGAGCUGACCUUUGAAGAGAGCGACUGGUUCAUAGUGAACUUCAUACGCAUGCUGUGGAGAUACGGAUUCAACUUCAUUCGAAUGCAUAUGUGGGUGGAGGGCAUAAUGGACAAGUUUAUGAGGAUAUAUCAGUACCAGCAGUAUGGCUACUCAUUCUCCAGUGUGGAGAAGCUUCUUCAUGCAAUGGGUGGAGACGGUUUCCUCACUCUGGUCAAUCAGACGCUGGAGGAGGCCAUGCUGGCUGAGGGCUUCUCUCAGGUCUUUCUCAAUGAUGUCGUAGCACCCGUCACAAGGGUCAACUACGGCCAAAGUGUCCGAAUCAAUGGAUUUGUGGGUGCUGUUUCACUAGCAGGAGCCGACUCAGGAUUGUGGGCAGUGGAUGGAGGGAAUAAGGUGGUUUGUUCUGGGCUUCUGUACCACAGCAAAGCUGAACUUGUUCCAGCUCGUGUGACUACCAUCUCCAUGAAGAUGAGACCAUCCAAAACUGAUUCGGCUGUAAAUUUCUAUGAAGUGAACUACAUUGGUGAAUCUGGUGCCGCCCAUUCCAUGUACGACAUAGCUGUAGUUGCCACACCUCUCCACCAGGGCAUUUCUGACAUCAACUUCUCAGGCUUUUCUCCUCCCAUUCCAUCCCACUUCCCUGGCCGCUACCACCAAACGGUGGCCACGCUGGUCCACGGUCUGCUCAAUGUGUCCUAUCUGGGCACCACAGAGAAGCCGGAAGACUUCUUUGUUUCUGACGUCCUCACAUUGGACAACAAAGCCUCCGAGAUCCACAGCCUGAGCUCUCUGGACCCGGUGAAAAUUCCCAAGGGUUACUCCCACAGCCCUGCCAGUCAACGCAAAGUAUGGAAGAUCUUCUCCUCUCAGCCACUCUCUCAGAAGCAUCUGCAGCAAAUCUUUCUUUCCUGGGACUCGGUCUCGGAGAAGCGCUGGCUCGCGUACCCCUCCUACAGCCCACCGCACCGCAGGACACCUCCCUUCAUCCUCCAUGAUCACCUCUACUACCUCAACGCCGUGGAGUGGGCGGCCAGUGCCAUGGAGAUGAGUGCCAUUUCCGCCCGUAAUCUGGCCCUGCUCGCCCACCACCACUGGUAUGAGCAGAUGGGCAAAAUCAACCAAGAGGACCUGCACACCAGACUCAGAGGUGAACUUUGACAGAGGAGCAGUGCGGUUGAUCUGAACUACUUUGGGUUCAUAAGUAAUAAAAUCUUGUACGGAGAUGAGAGAUUGUGUUUGUGAAAGGUAGACCUGUGCUCAUAGGUGGAGCGUGUGUAAGGCUGGCCACUGGGACUUGGGGCCAGGGGAAUGCCACUAAAUUGGACAAAAAUGCCCCUGCACAAACAAAUUAAUUAUCUAUUACGUCUGUUGCUAAC